CCCUGGGAGGUAGCCCAGACCUCUUUGCCGCUGGGGAAGAGAUAGAAGCAGGCUCGCUGAUGGCAUCUGGGCCGUCAGGAACCGAGGCAGGCUGUCUGAGACCCGUGUGCAGGAAUUUUGCCCGUGGAUCCUGUCGGUGGGGCCACAGCUGCCACUUCUCACAUGACAGAAAAUCAGCCCAGGUCUGCAGGUACUUCCAGAGUGGGUUUUGCCGUUAUGGAGAGCAGUGCAGCUACCAGCACAUCCAGGAAGAGCCAGCAGCAGUAGGGACCCAAUAUGGUGUGAUGCCCCGCUGCCCCUGCAGCCAGGAGCCUGCUGCUGAGCCCACAGCCAUGGACUGGGACCAGGGGGGAGCCCAUUGCACCUCGGUCCACCCUGCCCACAGCAUGACGUGUGUGGCCUUCAAGUUCCCCAAAGUGAAGGUAGAAGUGGAAGAGAAAGACAAGAAGAACAUCCCAGCACUUGGUAACGUCCACUGUGGGGCUGUCAGUGGAGAAUUUGUCCCCACAAAAGCUCGAGGUGCCUCAGACUUCCAACCACAAGGGCCAGCACUGGAUGCAGACUCCUCUCACCCCAGAGAGGCAGUUUUGGAGACAGCAACAUGGACUGACCCUUCUAAGGUCCCUGCAGAGCGAGGUGCUGUGGCAGCCCUGGUCACCACUGCAGCACUAAGAGCCCAGAGUGAGGCCAUAGUGUGUGGCAUCUGCAUGGACAGGGUGUACGAGAAGCCCCUGCCAGAGGAGCGGCUCUUCGGGAUCCUCCCAAACUGCAGCCACGCGUACUGUGUUGGGUGCAUCCGCAAGUGGCGGCGCAGCCGGGACUUCCAGAGCACUGUCAUAAAGGCCUGCCCAGAGUGCCGGAUCACCUCCAGUUACUACAUCCCCCACAAAUACUGGAUCUCAGAUGUGGGGGAGAAGGAGAAGCUCAUCAGAACCUUCAAGGCACGGACAGGGAAAAUCAGGUGCAAAUUCUUCAUCCGUGGCCACUGCCCUUUCAGAUCAGAGUGCAUCUACCUGCAUGAGCUGCCUGCCCGCCGGCUGUGGCGGCACAGACGGCAGCAGCUGAGAAUGCCCGUGGUGUUCAUCCCUUCUUCCUCGGAGAGCUCUGACGAGGAGGAUGAGGAAUUCUGCACGCUCGAGUGGGCUCUUACCCUGGCCAUGCUGGAGACAGAAUUUCCCUACUUAAGUUAUGGCCACGAGAUGUUUCUCACUGACUUCAGCGAUUCCGACUGAGCCGCGGGGGCCACGCUGGGCCUGUGUGCUGCUGGUGGCCAGGACACAUCUCCGGGAGGCAGAAGCGCGUCUGCUUUUGCCUCCUGCCAUUUUUUUGGGAUGGCUCCGGCCGUGGGAUGAAGGAAACAGUCUGGCUGGCAUUCAUGGGUGCACCGAGCGAGACUUCAGGGCACAGCCCCCCUGCUCUUGCCGCGGUGCCCACUCUGUGCCCGUGGGAGACCCACGGGUGGGGUGGGAUGGAUGCCGGGAGGAAGCGGGGGGGCUCUGACAUCCACGGGCCGGGCGGCGGGGCGCGCAGCAGGGAUGACGCGCUGUUUUAAACUUUUUUUUUAGCCAAAUCUGGGAAUAGCGAAAUAAAACGGGUUGUGUAACGCCA